UAGAUGUGGAAAUAAGAAGAAGCGAUGGAUGUUUGGCAGUGGCUUUUGUUUUUCAUAUGCAUUUGUGUCAAAGUUACUCAAACAGAAGCGUCAUCUUGGACUAUUGAUGUCCCAUCCUCAGUAAAAGGUCUCCUUGGCUCAUGUGUGGUGAUCCCUUGCUCUUAUAACUACCCAAAUGCAAAGGUCCAAACAUUCACAGGGAUUUGGACCAAUGAUGGGAAUCAAGUCAUCUAUCAUCCAACUGAGUCUAAAAUGCUGGAGCAAUAUAGGAGACGAACAAAACUUCUUGGAGACAUCAGCAAGAGUAACUGUUCUCUGAUGAUUGAAAAUCUUCAACAAAACGAUGGAGGGCCUUUUCACUUCAGGAUUGAACUUGGAGGCUACAACAGUUUUUCCUACUUAAAUAAGAAAGUCUCCAUUUUAAUGAUUCGUGAACCAAAUGCCAUUGAUUUUUCUGCGCAUGAGGACAUAAAGGAGGGUCAACCUGUGUCUGCAUCCUGCUCUGUGUUUCACUCCUGCCCCACAUAUCCACCAGCUUUUCACUGGAGUCACUCUGGAGAGCAGCAUUUUCAAGCACAAAAGCUUCAUGAUGGCCAGUGGAAGGCAACAUCAAUUUUAACGUUUCGCUCAAACCGCACUGAUCACAACAAACUGUUACAAUGCAGAGUUACAUACCAUGGAGGAAAGCACCAAGAAACAUCCAAGACCCUUAAAGUAAAAUGUUAUGGGCCCAGGAAAAUAUUGAAGCUACGCCAGGGGAAAGUUUACCACCAGAAAAGUCGCAAAGUACAGCGUGUUCGGAGACAACAACGGAAUGAUGAAGCGUGCACAGCCUCGGAGGAGGGCGGCAACGCAGAGAGCACCUAUGUCUUCUGGAUGAGCGAUGACUAUGCGGAACCUCAAAAGCCACAGGACAUCAGGACCAAAGGCCUGAUGGUGGAUACUGGUGCAACAUCACACAGCCUGAAUGAUAAAACAGCGUUCAAGAAAUCUAAUGACGACUUCCAGCCGGGAACACACUGA